UGAGUAGCGGCCGCUUCUGUUUAUUUCUCUAAGGAGCGGUCAUGCCAACCGACACGGAACUGCACAAGGCCGCGCACAACGGUGAUCUCGGCAAAGUAAAGCAGUUGGUAGAGGAUGGCGAGAUAGCGGUCAACGAGCCCGGCGCAGCGGAGCGAAGAGCGUUGCACAGAGCGGCCGGAGGGAAUCAUGUAGAGAUCAUGAACUAUUUGAUGGAAAAGGGGGCUCCGGUGGAUCAGACAGACAAGAGCGGACGGACUGCACUGCACUGGGCGGUCAUCAGUGGACACAAGGAGGCCACAGAUAUCCUACUCGCGAAGCUCCUACACCAAGGAGGGGCCCCGUGA